UUGUUCGAGUGUCGUGUCGUUUGUGCCUCUUUCCGUUCUUUUCCCAUUUUAUUCUAUGCUGGAGAAUGUUUUGAACUAAAGCGUUUUCAGGACCCGCUACCUCCUACUCCGAUAUGUGGCCUGGUCAAUAAAUUGGGUAACAAGGUGAGGCUGACAUUCAAGCUUGAAUUGGACCAGGUGUGGAUCGGAACCAAAGAGCGGACCGACAAGAUCAUGAUGAACCAGAUCCGAAACGUCAUCAGCGAACCGAUUGAUGGCCAUGAAGACUACUGCAUUAUGGCAUUGCAACUAGGCACCACUGAUGCUUCGAACUACUGGCUUUACUGGGUACCGGCGCAGUACGUGGACGCGAUCCGGCAAGCGAUUUUGGGGCCUUAA